AGGAACUGUGAAAGUCUCAAAAUGCACUGGAAAGCCCGGCAUUAAUAUUUCCUGAUGCAUUAAACAUUUUUCACUUAUAGAAAAAUUAAAGCGGUUGUUUCGGUUAUGGAGGGGUGGAAAACGAAUCGUCUUCUUUCUAAAUCAUCCAGCGAUUGUCCAGAAUCUCACAUUUGUUUGGGAAACACAUUAAUGUGUCCAUAGUGCUUGCACAAUUUUAAGCAAGGUGCUACACGAGGUUUGGACUUCCCAGUAGAAGCAGUCCACAUCUGAGAUUUGUGGAUGUCAUACUUCAACUAGCUCAAGUUUAGUUCAAAACUUACACCUUAACCUUUGCGAUCAUGGCACUACAACACGGCUACUCCAUUAACUCAAGCGCAGAUGACCAGGACAGUGUCACUGCGCCGCUUAUAGAAAAAGAAAUGAAAAAAAUCACAGUGCCUCCCAAAUGCUGCUCAGUACGAUGCAAUCUGGCUGCUAUGAUGUUCUUUGGCUUUGCUGUGGUCUAUGGUCUGCGUGUAAAUCUCAGUGUUGCCAUGGUUGCUAUGGUAAAUGGAACUAAUGACCAGCCGUCACCCGAUAGCAAUGUAUCAAACGAGUGUCCAGGGUCUUCCCAUACACUUGACAACAACAGCCAAAGCUCAGAACAGCCAGAAGGGAUUCCAAGAUACCCAUGGGAUCGCGAAACACAGGGAAUGCUGCUGGGUGCUUUCUUCUUUGGAUACCUGUUUACUCAGAUCCCCGGAGGCUACCUGUCAGGUCGCUUCGGAGGAAGCCUCUUCCUUGGUGGUGGUGUGCUUGGAACAGCCGUCCUCACUCUCCUCACUCCUCUGUCAGCACAGCUGGGAGCCAAGUGGCUGUUUGCCCUGCGUGCGCUAGAGGGAUUCGGGGAGGGUGUGACGUUUCCUGCCAUGAGUGCGAUGUGGGCCCGCUGGGCUCCUCCGUUGGAGAGGGCGCGUCUGAUGACGUUCUCCGGUGCAGGAUCUAGCUUCGGUGCCUUUGUGGCUCUUCCUCUCACUGGCUUCAUCUGCCAUAGUUUAGGAUGGCCAGCAGUCUUCUACUCCUGUGGUGGUGCAGGGUGCCUUUGGGCUCUGUUUUGGUUUCUCCUGGUAUCAGAUGAACCCCGAACUCACCCAAGAAUUACUGACAGAGAGAAAGAUUACAUAAUUAACUCAAUAGGUUCACAGGGGCUGCCUCAUGGUUGGUCAGUGCCUGGGUUAUCUAUGCUGCUCUCUGUGCCUCUUUGGGCCAUAAUCAUCUCACAGAUGUGCUCCAACUGGUCUUAUUACACUCUCCUCACCUCACUUCCUAUCUACAUGGACACUGUGCUCCACUUUGAUUUGCAACAGAAUUCGUUCCUCUCUGCUCUGCCGUAUCUGGCUGGCUGGCUGUUCUCAGUGGGCUCAGGUGUGCUGGCAGACAACCCUGGAGAGGGAGCUCUGAGUAUCACAGCCGUCCGAAAAAUCUUCACUUUCAUUGGUCUGUUUCUACCUGCUGUUUUCCUCCUCGCGGUGGGCUUCUCAGGGUGUAGCGGUGUGCUGGCCGUGACUUUUCUGACUUUGUCCAGUGCGUUUGGGGGAUUCAGUGCUGCUGGUGUCUUCAUUAACCAGAUCGAUAUUGCUCCACGGUAUGCAGGAAUGCUUUUAGGAAUCACAAACACUUUUGGGACCAUCCCUGGUGUUCUUGCACCAAUUGUUGUGGGUUACUUGACCAAAGAUCACUCAGUUGCAGGAUGGAGGCAUGUGUUCUGGUUGUCAGCCGGAGUGAGCGCCUUCGGAGCCAUUUUUUACAUCAUCUUUGGCACUGGAAAGAUUCAGAGCUGGGCAAGGACGGAUGAGGAAUCGGACACAGAUACGCACAAUUAAACAUUCCAGUUGAUCAAUUCAGAGGGAUAUUAGGACUGAUUUAUUUGAGUUUGAUCCUAUAUUCAACACUCAUGGUACCAGUCAAAAGUUUGGACUAACUUCAAUGAUCUAAUGUUACACUUAGGCAAAUAUAAAAUGCAACUAACUUUUUUUUUGUUAUUAUUGAACCGGAUAUUAAUUUUUUUUAGGUCACUGCAUAAUUCCCAUACUUUGAAUGCAAUCAUUCAUAAAAGCAGAAAUGGUUAAAAAACGUUUUGUCCAAACUUUUGACUUUUGAUAAUAAUUAUAUUUCACUCAGGUAAAAAUCUAAAGUGCCUUAAACAGAGUGAUGUUUAUUUUUCUGGUGAUAUUUCACUUAAUCAUGAUGGAAUGCAGAAAUUGCAUAUCCUAAUUCUAUUAUUUUGCUAUCUUUUAAAUAAGUGCAAUAUGUGUUGCAUUGCUGAAAAGGAACAAAUUUAGAGGAUUCAACCAUAUUUUAUUGCAUUUGAAAAUACUUAUUAAUAGGCACUUUAAUGCAUCAAUAAUGAAAAUACUUUAUUUUGAGGGGAUACCAAUGCAUUUUAAGGUCAUUUUUAUCCUGCUAAUGAAGUAACUGUUCUCCAUUAAUUGUGUCAUUGAGCACUAGGUCAUCUAACAUUUUCACGAAGACCAUUUGUGUUUCAAUUUUACUCCAUUCAUGUUUACUAUUAAUAGUCCAGACAGGGAAUUAUUGUUUCAUUAUUGUUUGAAACUUGCCUUUGUUCAAAAGUUGAAAUGUUUAAUGAAUUUAAUGAAGUUUUUAAGUCAUUAACUUAAUGCUUAUUAAUGCUGGUUUCACAGACAGGGCUCAGAUUAAGCCAGGGUUAGGCCUUAGUUUAAUUAGGACAUUUUAAGUAACUUUUAUAAACAUGCCUUGGAAAAAAAAAAAAAAACAACAACACAUUACUGACAUAUUUAAUAUAUGUCAGUGCAAGUUGCUUUCCGUUAAAUCAGCUCAAACAUGCUUUUUAGUCUAGGACUAGGCCUUGUCUGUGUAACUGGGGGAAUAAGUCUUUGUUUGAAUCACAUAUAAAUACAUUUCUGAUUAUGAUCAUGCACAAUAAAUGCAAUGUUUACAA